AUGGCUUCAGCGGUCACUGGUGACAUAGGGCUCUCGGAGGCAGUAUCGGGGUGGGGUCCUGUGGGCACCGGAGGUCCGGCCGCGCGGCUCUGGCAGGAUGGCAUGCCCCUCAUGAAGGAGUCCCAAUCCCCGCCUCAGGUCCCGCUUCCCUGGCUCGACCCGAGCCUGCUGGCUGCCUUCACUGGAGUCCUGCUGGUCUGUGUCAACGGACUCUUCUUCGGUUUCCCUUGCAGAUGGCUGGCCCAGAGUGGGGAGUGGUUCUUUCCCAUUGUCACAGGCCUCCCAUUGUUCGUCCUCACCUUCAGCAGUCUGGUUUUCCUGAACUUCUCAGACUCUGACAUCUUGCAUCAAGGCUCCAACGAACAGGGCCCCAGGACGGUGCAUGUGGAAUGGGUGAACCACACAGCCUUCUGCCUGCAGUGGUGCCCACAGUGCUGCUUCCACCGCCCGCCGCGGACCUACCCGUGCCCCUGGUGCAACAUUUGUGUGCAGAUGAACGACUUAGAACACCACUGCAAGUGUGUCAACAACAGCAUCGGUCAGUGCAACUUUGGCUUCUUCAUGCUGCCCAUCCUGUCCCUAUGCCUCUCCUCGGGCGCCUUGCUGGUCACCUCCGUGGUCUUCCUGGUGCACACGACUCACCUGCCCUUCUGCAUGGACAGGGCUUUGAGCAUCUUGGUGAUUGUACCCCCAGGCGGCUUCCUGGUGCCUCUCUUGGUGCUUCUGCUGAUGAAGGCCAGGUCGGUGAGCGCCGCCCAGCACUCCUACGAGGACAAGGGCCUCCGCACUUUCCGCCCUUUCUCCCCCGCCCCGCUCCUCAUGGCCUGA